GCGCGCAGGUCGCAUGGGGGAGUCUAUCCCGCUAGCCGCCCCGGUGCCGGUGGAACAGGCGGUGCUGGAGACGUUCUUCUCUCACCUCGGCAUCUUCUCUUACGACAAGGCCAAGGACAAUGUGGAGAAGGAACGAGAGGCCAACAAGAGCGCGGGGGGCAGCUGGCUGUCGCUGCUGGCGGCCUUGGCGCACCUGGCUGCGGCCGAGAAGGUCUAUCACAGCCUCACCUACCUGGGGCAGAAACUAGGGGGCCAGUCAUUCUUCAGCAGGAAGGACUCCAUCCGCACCAUCUACACUUCCCUGCAUAACGAACUGAAGAAAGUGGUGGCGGGACGCGGCGCCCCGGGUGGAACGGCUCCUCACGUGGAGGAGCUCCUCCCCCACCUGUCAGAGCAGCUCUGUUUCUUUGUUCAGGCCCGGAUGGAGAUCGCAGACUUCUACGAGAAGAUGUACACCCUCAGCACGCAGAAGUUCAUCAACACCGAAGAGCUGGUCAGCACCUUGGAUAGCAUCCUCAAGAAGUACAGCUCACGAUUUCACCACCCUAUCCUCAGCCCUCUGGAGAGCAGUUUCCAGCUGGAAGUGGGCGUGCUGAGUCAUCUCCUCAAGGCGCAGGCUCAGAUCUCGGAGUGGAAGUUCCUCCCUUCCCUGGUUACCUUGCACAACGCUCACACGAAGCUCCAGAGCUGGGGCCAGACCUUUGAGAAGCAGCGGGAGACCAAGAAGCAUCUGUUUGGAGGGCAGUCCCAGAAGGCUGUGCAGCCGCCACACCUCUUCCUCUGGCUCAUGAAACUCAAGACCAUGCUCUUGGCCAAGUUUAGCUUUUACUUCCACGAGGCGCUGAGCCGACAGACGACCGCUUCAGAAAUGAAAGCGCUGACUGCCAAGGCGAACCCGGACCUCUUUGGAAAGAUCUCCAGUUUUAUCAGGAAAUAUGACGCUGCCAACGUGUCCUUAAUUUUUGACAACCGGGGCUCCGAGAGCUUUCAGGGUCAUGGCUACCACCACCCACAUUCCUACCGAGAGGCCCCUAAGGGAGUGGACCAGUACCCAGCCGUGGUGUCUCUGCCCAGCGACAGGCCGGUCAUGCACUGGCCCAAUGUUAUCAUGAUCAUGACGGACCGAGCAUCCGACCUGAACAGCUUGGAGAAAGUGGUCCACUUCUAUGAUGACAAAGUCCAGAGCACCUACUUCCUCACCCGCCCGGAACCCCACUUCACCAUCGUCAUCAUUUUUGAGUCAAAGAAAUCUGAGAGAGACUCCCAUUUCAUUUCCUUCCUCAACGAGCUAUCGCUUGCCCUUAAGAACCCCAAAGUGUUCGCAAGUCUGAAGCCUGGAUCCAAAGGUUAGCCGGAGCUCGCCCAAGGACUUCCAAGACUGGACACACUGUUCUCAGUUGAGUAGUUUGUGAUUUGAAUUUAUGUUAGCUCAUGCUUCUGUCAGAGCCGAGCUACAGACAGAGCCUCCCUGAUCAUGUCACACAGUUAAUAAGCAAUUAAGACCAAGGACGGCGUCUCCAAAGAGUAGUCUAGAAGAACCAUGGUGACUGAAUAAAUCACCAUGGUACAGCGAAGGAGUAGCAACAUCUUCUGAUUUCCCUGUGUUUCAUGUUGAUUGAGUAUUUAUUGGUCUUUCAUUUAUCUUUCCAGAUUUUUGUUGUUGUUGUUACUACUCUGACCAUUGUGCCCGGAAGCACUUGCUAACAUCCUCUCUCUCUCUCUGUCCCUGAGGAGCAGCGGGGGAGAAGAUACCAGAUGGGAUUGUUUUCAGUUUCACAAACACGAGUACUGACUAGUUUUACUAAUUAUCUAAUUAGUAUUAUACUGCGAUUGGAAUCUUGGUGAGAAACUUCUAUCAGGUUGUGAAGUGGGAGAUGACAGAUUGGGCCUUACAGGAGUCUAACCAGUCACAGGUCCUUUUCAGGUGACCUCCAGCUCCACCUGCAUCAGUUUUUACCUUUAAAGGGUUUGGUAGUCCACUGUCCUAAGUCAACCCAAGCCAUCUUCAGGGUCUUAUUGUUGCCGGCUGGAUAUCACUUCUCUGCUGAGCUGGGUUUCCAUCUGGUUCCACGGUCCGUUCUUCUCAGGUUUAGAAAGCACGCAGCCGUGUGUUUGUAACCGUGUCUUAGUUUCUCACACAGCACAGUUUAUGAAAUCAAAAUGACAGACUUAAUGCGUGCUCACAGGAAAGCGGAUGGAAAGAAACCACCAGAAAGAAUUGAGCUGUUACUGGUGUUCUUCCUUUGGAGCGCGUGUAAACAUUCUGGUCAGAUCCACGCUUUCCUUGUGGUUGUUUGGAUCUGUCUGCUGCGUGUCCACAGAGCACAAGGCUCAGGCAGGGCCGUGAAGCCCUCCCAGGCCUCCUGGUCAAGUGUGGGCUACCUGUACAAGAAUCCACCUGCCAGUUAUCUGCAUCUCCCCACUUUCAUAUAAACUUGUCUUUAAACAGAGGGUAGUGAUUUCCUCUGCAUUUUCUCCUGUUUCUAUUCAAAUAUGAACAAAUUUUAUAAUAUUGACCUCACAUUAAAAACAUUGAAAACAUUUGGAAUUAAAAA